AUGGCUCUGUGCAAGCUAAAGCUUUACCAGAAUAGUGGAGAUCCUAAAAAGGAUCUCCACAGAUGCCUUCUUUUUUUGUCACAGGUUUUUCAUUAUUCUUACACUGCUUCAUAUGUGAUUUAUAACAUACACACAAGGGAAGUUUGGGAGUUAAACCCUCCAGAAGUAGAGGAUUCAGUUUUACAGUAUGCAGCCUGGGGUGUCCAAGGACAGCAGCUGAUUUAUAUUUUUGAAAAUAACAUCUACUAUCAGCCUGAUGUAAAGAGUAGCUCAUUGCGCCUGACAUCUUCAGGAAAAGAAGGAAUUAUUUUUAAUGGAAUUGCAGACUGGUUAUAUGAAGAGGAACUUCUUCAUUCUCAUGUUGCCCACUGGUGGUCUCCAGACGUAGACUAUAACACCUUUUGCUGGAAAGAGUAUCCAAAAGGAAAGCAGUAUCCAUAUCCUAAGGCAGGUCAAACAAACCCAACAAUAAAGCUGUUUGUAGUUGAUCUGUAUGGACCAGCACAUACACUGGAACUGAUGCCACCUGACAGCUUUAAAUCAAGGGAAUAUUACAUCACCAUGGUGAAAUGGGUAAGCAACACCAAAGCUGUGGUGAGAUGGUUAAACAGGCCUCAGAAUAUCUCCAUCCUUACGGUUUGUGAAACCACAACUGGGGCUUGCAGCAGGAAAUAUGAAAUGCAGUCAGAUCUGUGGCUUCCUAAACAGAAUGAAGAACCAGUUUUCUCCAAGGAUGGCAGUAAGUUCUUCAUGACUGUCCCAGUGAAGCAGGGAGGCCGGGGCGAAUUUCACCACAUAGCUAUGUUUAUUGUUCAGGCUAAAAGUGAACAAAUCAGCGUGAGACACCUGACAUCAGGAAACUGGGAAGUUAUCAAAAUCCUGGCAUAUGAUGAAAAUACUCAAAAGAUUUUUUUCUUAAGCACUGAAGAAUCCCCAAGAGGAAGACAGCUACAUAGUGUAUCAACAGUGGGAUCUUUGAAUCGUCAGUGUCUCUCAUGCGACUUCUUGAAAGACCAGUGCACAUACUUCAGUGCAAAGUUUAGCCCCAUGAAUAGGCAUUUUUUACUGCACUGUAAAG